AGUAACAACCCUGAGUGGUUUUUAGCAGCAUUACGCAAAAGACUACUGAUUGGAUUUAUACGAAUUUUUCAGAAAUGGGUAGACCCAGACGUAUCUCUGUCCGCUUUCUGCAGGUGGAGCAGGAACUGAACCAUCAACUCCGUGAUCUGACGUUCACAGAGCCGGUUGAGUUCAUCUACAACCCGCUGGAGUACGCCUGGAGCCCGCACAGCCGCUUUGUGAAGACCUACUGCAUACCCGGGCAGAGCGUGCUGUUUCUGGGCAUGAAUCCAGGACCCUUUGGUAUGGCACAGACCGGGGUCCCGUUUGGUGAGGUGAAGUCUGUGGUGGAGUGGUUGAAGAUCUCUGGAACGGUGAACCAACCGGACAGGGUGCACCCAAAACGCCCCAUCACGGGUCUGUCCUGCACCCGGAGCGAACCGAGCGGGGCGAGAUUCUGGGGCUAUUUCCGAAAACUCUGCCCAGACCCGUCUCUCUUCUUCAGGCACUGCUUCGUCCACAACCUUUGCCCGCUGAUGUUCAUGUCCUCCAGUGGUAAGAACUUAACCCCUCCUGAGCUGAAGAAGGAGGAACGCGACGCCCUGCUGGCCAAGUGUGAUAUUGCGCUGUGUGAGGUGGUGCGGGUUUUGGGUGUUUCCAUGGUGAUCGGUGUGGGGCGGGUGGCGGAGCAGAGGGCCAGGAAAGCUCUGACCGCGGCCGGACUGAAGGUGAGGGUGGAGGGGAUCAUGCACCCCUCCCCCAGGAACCCAGCGGCCAAUAAAGGCUGGGAGGAAGUGGCCCGCAAAAAACUGGAAGAACUGGGAGUUAUUUCACUAUUAACUGGAAAUGCGUAGUACUUUGUUACAUUUACUAAAGUAACUUUUUAAAGAAAUUGUACUUUUUCUAGCAGCAAACUUUUACUCCUACUUGAGUAAUCAUUUGAUGAAGUAACAAUACUCUUACUUGAGUUAAAGUUUUGGUUCCCCUUUCCACUGUAAGUAAGAGUACUAGUGACAAAAGAUUUAUGUUUGCAAUAUUUGAACACUGCACCACAAUCAAAGAACAAGAAAUGUACAAAAUAAUUAUGUACAAAUGCU